AUGUCGCUGCCCCCGCCUGGAUCAGCUGUGGUGGACGCCUAUGAGGAUACAGUGGUGACACCCAAAUCGCUGAAACGUCGCCGACAGGUCAAGCCUUUUUCUUGUUUCCGCUGCUGUGCUAUCCUGGCCAUCAUUCUUUGCGUCGUUGUCGGUAGUCUCACUAUAUUCCUCUUGCUGAGGACGACGACAACAUUGGUGCGGCAUUUCCGUUCCCCACUCGGAAGAGAGCUAUACGCCGCGCCGGGUGCAAACAGGUCCACCGUCCAGCCGCUAAUCGACACGGACACCCGCUUCGAUGUCGCGGUGACAGUGUGGGCCCGCCGCGCCAAUGCCGACACAGCACAUCCCGAGAUGUACGCGGACGACUGGGAGGACGAGGCUGAGGUUACAGAGGCCCAGAGAUUUCUGUAUUCUCGUAUCGGAAUGCCCCUGGUCGAGCUCAGCCACCUACCGGAGGAGGACAUCGUAUUCUCGAAGAUUGUCAUCGAGGAUAGUAGUCUGAACGAUAAGGACCGCGACGUCGACGUGAACUUUGAGUUACCGCUGGCACGCUUCGAGGACGAAUGGAUCUAUCCCAACGACGUUCGUGUCACAGUGGUCAUCAACCCACGGUCUCCGUCGGUACUUGACCACGUCACCAACUUCACAUCGGUCAAACCUACAAUCAUGCAAUGGCCCCGUUUGAACCCUAGCCUGGCAUGGGGUGAAGAUGGCUCGGUACACCGUGCCGUAGUCGAGAACAUGGCCGUGUCUAUCCCCCUUGUCAAGUUUGUCGACCAAUAUGACAUCAUUUUUGACGACUUUGACGACCCGGACCCGAGGAACGAGGCACAUGUGUACUUCGUCAACGAGACGCGCCACCUCGAUCGUGAAAUGUGGGAGACAAAGUUCAAGAUGUGGAGCGAACAAGGGUGGGAGAGGGACAAGUCACUCGUCAACGGUACCCGUUUCGUCGGCCACAACUCGUCGUACGAGGUCGCGGGCCACUGGGAAGCCGGGUACGAGCUGGCUGGCGACGUGGACAAGGAGGGUAAUCGGCCGUUGGCGUACAGCCCAUACAUUGGUGUAAUGCAGCAUGGCGCUGGCCCACUGCACCGCAUUCGACUGCCAAUCACUCGCCCAUUCAUGGCCGACAUGGAAGACGGCUCAGACCUGCCCGACGUACAGCAUGGUCCAUCCAGCAUCAACAUGACCCUCUCCCUCCGAGUGUCUGUUCUCAACCCCUAUCGCGAGAGACUCUUUCACUUGAAAGACCACGUUACAAACGCGAUGAGCCCAGCCCAUAAUCAGACUGAACUCGAGCUUAAGCAGGCUCACUACUGGUGGGACUUGUCUCCUUGA